AUGCUGCUCCCUUCACUCGUGGCGUGCCUUGCCGGGUGCGCCCUCCUCCUGCUCCUCCUGCCGCCGGCCAGUGAGGGCUGCGGCCCCGGGAAGGGCCACGGCAGGAGGCGCGCGCCGCGGAAGCUGGUGCCGCUCGCCUACAAGCAGUUCAGCCCCAACGUGGCGGAGAAGACCCUGGGGGCCAGCGGGAGGUACGAGGGCAAGAUCACCCGGAGCUCCGAGCGCUUCAAGGAGCUCAUCCCCAACUACAACCCGGACAUCAUCUUCAAGGAUGAGGAGAACACAGGUGCAGACCGCAUGAUGACCCAGCGCUGCAAAGACAAGCUGAACUCUCUGGCCAUCUCGGUGAUGAACCACUGGCCCGGGGUCCGGCUGAGGGUCACCGAGGGCUGGGACGAGGACGGCCACCACUCGGAGGAGUCCCUUCAUUACGAGGGCCGGGCUGUGGACAUCACAACGUCAGACAGGGACAGGAACAAGUACGCCAUGCUCGCACGGCUGGCGGUGGAGGCCGGGUUUGACUGGGUCUACUAUGAGUCCAAAGCCCACAUCCACUGCAGCGUCAAGUCAGAUCACUCGGUGGCGGCAAAGUCUGGAGGCUGUUUCCAUGGCAACGCCUCGGUGACGUUGGAGGGCGGCGCUCAGAAGCCCAUGGGCGACCUGCGGCCUGGCGAGCGGGUCCUGGCCUCGUCCGACGGGGACAUGGUGUUCAGCGAAGUCCUGACCUUCCUGGAUCGAGACCCGACCGCCCGCGGACUCUUCUUCACCCUGCGGACCCGAGCCGGGCCUCGGAUCUCGCUCACCGCCGCCCACCUCGUCUUUGUGUCGGAGGGGAACUGCUCGGAGGGGGCGGAGCCAGCCCGCGGUACCCUCAGGACGGUGUACGCCGGCGACGCCCGGCCAGGUCAGUGCCUGCUGGUGUCGGGCGGCAAGACCGGGGGCCUGUCUCGCAUCAGCCGGGUCAGCGUGACGACGAGGGCGGGGCUGUUCGCCCCCCUCACCCAACAGGGAACCAUCGUGGUCAACGGGGUGGCAGCGUCCUGUUACGCCGCGGUGGACCAGCAUCAACUGGCUCACUGGGCCUUUGCCCCCCUCCGACUUAUGUACAGCUGGACCGGGAGCGCCGGGGGCCACGGGGACGGGGUCCACUGGUACCCCCGGGUUCUACACUGGCUGGGCAGGAAGCUGCUGGACUCCGGACGUCUCCACCCACUGGGCGUUGCUUAA